UGAAUGCGAGCGACAGAAGCAAGAUGGCGUCGGGCCAAAGGGCCUUCGCCCAAAAGCUGUCAAAACAACAUGCAGCUGAUGUGCGAAGGACAGUGCGGGAUAUUACAACUGGGAAAGACCCGCCUCGUUCAGCCAGUGUAUCAACUAUCUCUGCACAUGUUCCCCUUCAAGAGGUAGUUGAACCUGUUGAUUAUGAAGACUUCAUUGAUCAGCACCAGCUUGAGGCAGACAGAGACCCUGCCCGUGGGAUACUCCACUUUCCCAGUGAUGACAUAGCUGUAACAUGUAUUCCAAGACACAUUCGAACUGUGCAUCCAGUUGUGCCAGAUGAUGGUAGGGAUGGCUUCGAUGCACAUGUGGCAGACUGUGUUCGGUGCUAUACAAAAGACUGGCUACAUGUCAGUCGACAAUACCUACAUCAUUCCACAUCAGUACCUGGGCGGAACCAGCUGACAGCAGAGCGCCUUGCACAUCUGCAGUCUUGUCCACAACCAGAAUUUGAAGUAGACUUGGAUGAUGACCGGGGACAUGAUGAUGUCGAGAGACAAGAUAUGGUUGGAAGCCGGCACUCCUCCCACCUAUCUGACACACCCAGAGGAAGCUGGGCAAGUUCAGUCUUCGAUCUCAGAAAUUCCGUAGCAGAUCCCCUCCUGCCAUCCUUACUCUCUCGUAUUCCCUUGGACACAGUAGAUAACAACAAUCAACAAUCGAGGCAGGAAAACAGACAGGAAUCUCUGUUUGUACUUUAUCCCCCUCAAGAUGAGGAGGACAUGAUAGAGAGGAGGCAAUACCCAGAGGUCCCCAUGCCCCACUCAGGCCAUCGCAUCCAAGUAAAGUGCAUCAACUUGAGACUUGAGUUGGAGAUCGAACCAGUCUUUGCCACCAUGGCUCUCUAUGACUUGAGGGAUAAGAAGAAGGUGUCCGAGAACUUUUGCUUUGACAUGAAUCCUGAACCUCUCAAGAGGAUGUUAACGUCACACAUUCCAUAUCAGGAUAUAUCAACACUCAGCCGUACCUGCAUUUUUGAUAUUACCUACCCUUCAAGUGAUUUAUUCUUAGUAGUUCGUCUUGAGAAGAUUCUGCAGGGAGACAUCAGUGAUGUUGUUGGACCUUACAUGAAAGAUGAUGCAAACCGAGAGAAGUUGAAGGCAGCAGCUGUUGCGAGUUGUGAAAGGCUUGGUAAAUAUCGUAUGCCGUUGGCCUGGACCGCAAUUAAUCUUAUGAACAUCUUCACGGGAGUCCAUGGAGAUCGUGAGAAUGCUCCUGAAAGAGAACCAUCAGGAUCAAACAGUCUAGACCGAAAGCAGAGUUCAUCCAGUUAUGAUGAGCUGAAACGAAAGAGUGGUUCAGGGUCAUUGACACGCAGAGGAUCCCUAGAACGGCGAAGCUUCAGUGAGAAGAGACGGAGCUGGUCUCCUGAAGAAUUUGGAGCAUGUCUGGAUUCCUUCAGACCAGUUACUCUAACUGUGUCCUCAUUUUUCAAACAGGAGGGAGAUAAACUGCGUGAUGAUGACCUUUACAAGUUCCUUGCUGAUCUCAAACGACCCUCAAAUCAGUUGAAGAAAAAAUGUCUCCCAGGUCUACUCAAAUUAGAUAUAUCUCCAGUUCGGGACCAGCCUAAGUACUGCCUCACAGCAGAGCUAUCCAGACUACAUCCUUAUCCAGCAGAUGAGACAGAGGAGGAGGAAGAUAAGGAUUAUGAGAAAUGUCGACCAAUUAAAGAGAUCGUCGAGUUCCCUCCAAGAGAUAUUUUUGUCCCUCACUACUCCUACAGGAAUCUUCUCUUUGUUGCGCCAAAAGAUCUGAAUUUCAAUAACAGACCAGGUUCUGCACGGAACAUUGCUGUAAAGAUACAGUUCAUGGCUGGGGAAGAAGAGUCAGCUGCCAUGUCAGUCAUUUUCGGCAAAUCAUCGUGCCCAGAGUUCACCACAGAAGCAUAUACUGCAGUCACCUACCAUAACAAGUCCCCAGACUUCUAUGAUGAAUUCAAGAUCAAGUUACCUCCAGUGCUUGGUGAUCAACACCACAUUCUAUUCACAUUCUAUCACAUCUCUUGUCAGAAGAAAAAUGAAGAAAAAACAAUUGAAACUCCUGUUGGGUAUACAUGGCUGCCUGUCUACCGUGAUGGAUGCCUACAAACUGGUGAACAUAGCCUGCCAGUGAUGAUGGAGCGACCCCCAAGCAACUACUCCUAUAUCACUGCAGACAUACAACUACCAGGCACAAAGUGGGUCGAUAACCACAAGGGCCUUUUCACUGUCCUGGUUGAGGCAGUGUCAUCAGUACAUGCACAGGAUAAGCAUAUUGAUAGAUUUUUCCAUCUGUGUAAAAUGGUGGAGGAGAGUAAUAUUCCAGCUCGUAUUGGUGAAGCUAAUAUGGAGGGAGAACUGAAGAAAGCAAUGGGAGAUCUGAUAAACUGUCAUGCUGAACCAUUAGUGCGAUUUGUCCCUGUGCUGUUAGACCGCCUCAUAUCUCUCAUGGUUCGGCCACCCACUCUUGCUGGGCAACAAGUCAAUAUUGCCCAGGCUUGUUUUGAGACCAUUGGCACACUUGUUGGGCGAAUAUCUGGACUUUUGGAGGACAAGAAUGAUCAACAUGGACGUAACAGCACCCUUCUAACAUAUGUGGCAUAUCAGGCAACUCUACCCCAUCCAGAUGACAGCCCACCUGUUGUAACUGCCCAGCCACACCCUCCUCACCCACCAACCUCAGUCCCCACUCAUCGAAAGUAUUCUAGAAGCAGCAGUAACCCUGAUUUAGGUCAGGAUGCUGAUGCUGAAGUAGGAGGAAUCUUAUCAAGAGGAUUGGACAGAACUAACUCAAUGAGAACAGACAAUGAUGAGGAGCAAACUGAUAAGAAAGGUGGGAACUACGAAAAUCUCAUGUUGUUGCAGCGACUUCCAGGAAGGAAAGUAGUACAUGAAGAAGUGGCCCUCCAGUGGGUAGUGUCAAAUGGCACAGGCAGAGAAAAAGCUCUAGCAAAUUCAUGGUUCUUCUUUGAGUUGAUGAUAAAGUCCAUGUCAGAACACCUAGCCCGUACAGGAAGGCAGGACACUUUGCGCAAGAUGAGGUUCUCCCACCAGUUCUGUGAUGAUGUUGAGAACUUGACUAACACCAUCACAAAUGACAUCAUUGCUCUCCAUAACAAAGAUGUCCGAGAUACCAGAUUUGUACAGAAUGUGAACAGCAGCCUAGCCUUCUUUCUAUGUGAUCUCCUGUCGGUGAUGGAUAGAGGAUUUGUUUUCAUGUUAAUCAGAAACUACUGUAAGCAAAUGAGCAACAAGAUAAUGAAUCUACCAGAUGCUGCAGCACUGAUUAAUCUGAAGCUGGAUUUUGUACGAAUUGUAUGCAGUCAUGAACACUUUGUGGCUCUGAAUUUGCCAUUCUGCACACCAAUCUCAGCAACCUCAGCUCCAUCAUCCCCCUGUCCCUCGAUUGGGUCAACAACUAGUCAGUCAUCCUUCAUCUCCACUGUGAUUGGUGGAAAUCGUAGUGCUUUCAUGAUGCUUUCAAACUCUUUCAGACAACAGCACUUCCUUGUUGGUCUUGUGUUGUCAGAUUUGGCUACUGCUCUUGAGAUAAACAAUCCCAGUAUUCAUGGAAGAGCAGUGAACUCUGUGAGAAACUUGUUGACAAGCCAUGACACAGAUGAACGUUUCACAGAGCCAGAAGUAAAGGCAAGAGUGGUGGCUUUGUAUUUACCACUCCUCAGCAUUGUUAUUGAUGCAUUACCUCAGCUGCACACAUUUGCAAGCAAUAAAAAUCGGAAUUUGAUGUCUUCUGUCAGUGACGACAAUGAUGGAGUCCCAACACACAUCCACCAAAAUGUUGCUUUAGCCAUUGCUGGUUCUUCUAUGUUUGCUAACAGGGAAAGCGACUAUGAUGUCAUACAAGGGCAACAGCAGCCUCGCAAGUGCCCCUUAAGUUCUGAGACAACCCGCAACAUGCUCAUCUGCCUCCUGUGGGUCCUGAGUAAUGCUGAUGAAGUAACUCUACGACACACGCUGUCUGAUUUGUCGCAUGGCCGUCUCCACCAGCUGCUGGAUGUCCUCUAUACAGCUGUAUCUUGCUUCCAGUACAAGGGUGCGAGCUACUUAGUGUAUGGAGAGGAACCCCUGGAAGUUGCUAAUGCAGCUACUGCUUCCCAACCCCUCUCUGCCACUGCCAACGUCGCCCACCACCACCACCACCCAGCAGUCGGGCGCACCACAUCAGAAGAUUCUACAACACAGACCAUUAAUGAAGGACGGCCUCCAUUACCUCCUGUGUCUCAUAGUCAGGAGCACUUCGGUGUUGUUCAGAAUUCUUCAGACUUUGUUCAGCUGGCACAUAGUCCUACAAAGAUCUGCGAUCUUCAUCAGCAAUCCCAUGGAAAGAAGAUCUCCCUUCGAGGUGGAGGGCCAAGUCUUCGAUGCAAAGCAGACAUGAAGAGCCGUUUGGAAGAAGCCAUCAUGGGUCAGAAUUCUGCACGUUCGGAAAUGAUGCUCCGACGUCGAGGUAACACUCCUUCCAACACCCCUCAUGUUGUUGGAUUAUCACAGUUCUACAUCCAGGGAGCAGAACGCAACCCACCGUCGCCUUCUGGAACUGGUGAGCGACUCCGUUGGCGCAAGGAGACAUUCCCCUGGCGCCACCAACAGCAGGAUACAGAACGGUCGACUCAUCAAGAGUUAGAACAGGAAUCACAAGUUGAGGGCCAUCUGGCGAGUGAAGCUAAUAUGAUAAUUCUCGAUACUUUGGAGAACAUUGUACAGGUGGUCACAAAUGCAGAUCACCUCCAAGGACUGCUGAGUGUGGUGUUCAGGGUACUGCUUCAUGCUCUUGCUUCAAACCAGUCAACUACAUCAUUGACAAAUAUGUUCAACACACAGCGAGCUCUUGUUGCCAAGUUCCCUGGGCUACUGUUUGAUGAGGAAACCGAGCAAUGUGCAGACUUGUGCCUGCAGCUUCUGAAGCACUGCUCCUCUUGCAUCUGCACAAUACGAUCCCAUGCUGCUGCAUCUCUAUACCUACUCAUGAGGCAUAAUUUCGAGAUUGGCAAUAACUUUGCUCGAGUAAAAAUGCAGGUUACUAUGUCUUUGAGUUCGCUUGUGGGCACCUCUCAGACCUUCAAUGAGGCUUAUCUCCGCCGUUCCUUGAAGACCAUCCUUACUUAUGCAGAGGAAGAUGCUGACCUGCAAGAUACUUCUUUCCCUGAACAGGUGCGAGAUUUAGUGUUCAACUUGCAUAUGAUCUUGUCUGAUACUGUCAAGAUGAAAGAGUAUCAAGAGGAUCCUGAAAUGCUGCUUGACUUGAUGUAUAGAAUAGCUCGAGGCUACCAAAACUCCCCAGACCUGCGGUUGACCUGGUUAGCUAGCAUGGCUCAGAAGCACAGUGAGAGAGUUCAGCAUGCUGAAGCUGCCAUGUGCCUGAUCCACAGUGCAGCUCUUGUGUCGGAAUACCUAUACAUGUUGGAGGAUUGUCCUCACCUUCCCACUGGAGCUGUUACCUUCUGCAAACUUUCACCAAAUGUAUUAGAGGAAAGUGCAGUGUCUGAUGAUGUUUUGAGUCCAGAUGAAGAAGGUAUAUGUACAGGAAAAUACUUCACAGAAAAUGGAUUAGUUGGACUUUUGGAACAGGCAAGCUCUUCUUUGCAGCAGGCUGGUAUGUUUGAAUGUUUGAACGAGGUCUACAAGAUUUUAACUCCCAUUGCUGAGAAGAACAGAGAUUGGAAGAAGCUGAUAAAUAUAUACUCAAAACUUCAUGAUGCUUUCUCAAAGAUUGAUGCACUAGAGGGAAGAAGAAUAUUUGGAACAUACUUCAGAGUUGGAUUUUAUGGAUCCAAGUUUGGUGAUCUUGAUGGAGAAGAGUUCAUCUACAAGGAACCUAUGCUUACUAAGUUACCUGAGAUAUCUCACAGAUUAGAGGGCUUUUACAGUGACCGUUUUGGUGCAGAAAAUAUUUUGAUGAUAAAGGACAGUAACACAGUUGAUGCCACCAAACUGGAUUCUGACAAAGCUUGUAUUCAGAUCACUUAUGUUGAGCCUUAUUUUGAUGAAUAUGAAUACAGGGACAGAGUUACUUCUUUUGAGAAAAAUUACAACAUAAAGCGGUUCAUCUUCUCAACACCAUUCACACCUGAUGGGAGAGCACAUGGAGAGCUUCAUGAGCAAUAUAAGAGGAAGACAAUCCUGACAACACAACAUAUGUUCCCAUAUGUCAAGACUAGGAUCCAAGUUGUUGACAGAAUGUCUUGGGUGUUGACUCCAAUUGAAGUUGCUAUUGAAGACAUACAGAAGAAGACAAAGGAGUUAUCUGCAGCCAUCUACCAAGAUCCACCAGAUCACAAGAUUCUACAGAUGGUGCUUCAGGGGUGCAUUGGAACAACAGUGAAUCAGGGACCAAUGGAGGUUGCCCUCAUUUUCCUAUCAGAUCUGGUUGACAGCAGGAAGCCCCCUAACAGGCUUCAAAAUAAACUUCGACUCUGUUUCAAGGACUUCUCCAAAAAAUGUCACGAUGCAUUAAAGCGUAACAAAACCCUGAUUGGCUCUGACAUGAGGGAGUACCACAGGGAGCUGGAGAGGAAUUAUAACAGAUUUAUUGAAGGUUUAGCACCGAUGAUUACGGUCAAUCAUCUUACCAGACAAAUGAGAGUGACUUCCUGGCAUCACUCUUCUGGGAGCACGAGCUCAGUGGAUACUCUGGUGUCGGGAGGCUCUGCAGAUUCUGAUCCAGGGCUAGCCUCUGGAACGGAAUGCUAGGGAGGCUGGCGUGUAGUAUUCACACUUUAGUCAGGGUUGCACAUGACUGUGAGCAGGGAACUUCAUGAUAAACUCGGCUGUGAAGGUACCUGGCGCUUUUGGUGCUUGGAGUGGAAGAAGCAGGUUCAGGCAGUGAUUAGAUCUUGGCUUUUCCUAAAAGGUGCUCGUCUCAAAGAUUAAAAAAACUCCUGGAUUUAAAUUGUAAUGAUGAUUGUGCAGUAUUUAUAAUCUAGUUUUGUUUGAACCCAUAAACUCAUAAGAUAUGAGACAAGGUGCAUUACCACUGAAAUUGUGGAAAGGGGGAGGGGGGUUUGAUUACUUAAUGAUAGAGGGGCACAAGAAACAGCUUUAGAAUGAUUUAUAUAUAUUCAGAGUCAUAUAAAUAGUUUUAGUAUUACUGUAUCAUCUUCCAGUUGUAUGUUAUCUUGUAUAGCUUUUUUUUUUUUUUUUUUAUACUUAUAUAGCAUUUUUUGUGUGACAAUAAUGUAGUAAUAUUGUCAGUAUUUUUAAUGAAAUUUUAGUAAGCUUUGCAGUACUUCUAAGAUAUUUGAUUGUUUUUUAUGAUUACUAUAUUAUUGCUUUUCAGUGUUGCCAUUAAUCUUUUUUUUUUUUUUUUUUUUUAAUUUAUUUGUUUUGUAAUAUUUUCAAAACUAAGAUCACUUGCCUAAGAUAUCAAUGUAUUUGAGUAUGUUAUUCUUGUUGUAGUUAUUCUUAUUAUAUUAUUUGUUAUUAUUCUGA